UAUGUUUCAGUAUAUCAUCCAGCUGGUAUGUUUCAGUAUAUCAUCUAGCUGGUAUGUUUCAGUAUAUCAUCCAGCUGGUAUGUUUCAGUAUAUCAUCCAGCUGGUAUGUUUCAGUAUAUUAUCCAGUCGAUAUGUUUCAGUAUAUCAUCCAGCUGGUAUGUUUCAGUAUAUCAUCCAGCUGGUGCUGUGUGUCCUGAGUCUACUGGCCAUGACCGGAGUAUUCAUCGCUAGUGUCAUAGUGGUGCGUUUUUUCACAUCUGAGUAUGACACGACAGGCUGCCAGACCAUAUAUGGCACAUGUGUGUGCAGCACAGUCCUGUACAGCAGCCUGAACUAUACCUGUCUGGACAUCGACAUCAUCCGAGCCACCGCUAUCGGCAGCGUGGUUAUGAUCGUGUUUGGGUGGCUGUCAACUCUAGCCGCAGCCAUCCUGAGUGGGAUGCUGUCCUUCUACAUGGAGGAGUUUAAAUCCAGUUCCAGCAUAUCCAAAUCUCGGAGCAAAGAGGUAAACAUGAGCAACGUAAUCUAUGACGAAGACCAGUCUCUCUCUGGACCAGAGCCAUACUCCCGUCGAUAUGACUCAAAAGCUUAGCUUGAAAUGCACGAAUAGUGUUACUGUUACGAAUACCGUUCAAGAUCGCGGUAUCCCCAUAGUCAAUGCAGAAUUCAGACAAGAAAGAUCCCCAGUACCCCCUCGUUUGUUGUUGGAUCGGUCGUAAUUGGGCUGCCAAUUGCGGUUAAGUGGUGCAUGGUCCCUGUAUGUGAGCCUGUGUACACGAGCCACCAGGCAGGAUUCUGUCUAUCAUUCAAGAUACUUUUUUUAGUAAAGAGGCUCACACACAAUAUAAGAGUAUAUCUAUCAGCCAGCAAUGGUCUUUUUUUCAACAACCAGUUUUUCUUGAGUAAGAUCAAUCGUUGCAAACAGCAAGUCCCCUUGCAAGCAAUGUCCACGCUUACAAUCGUGCCAUUCGCUGUCUGAGGUCGCUUCGUUCUCAAACGAAUUUUGGGUUUGGCAGCAGAACAAAAUAUUCUUGACUAGAUUAACCGGGAAAUGGUCAAAAUUAUCCCAGCAUCCUUAGUCUGCUCCUAUACAGACGGUAGCCGCUCCCCCAGUUUCGAAGGGCAAAUGCUCCCAGCAGUUGCAUAUCUCGGACGAGAGAUAUUUUGCAUACUCUAAGUGAUCUGUGGCUUGGAAAGCACCCCUGCUUGAGUAACCGAGGGAUUGGUGAAGUCAUUGGAUUGUCCCGUCACAAUAGUCUGCAAAGCACGGCGAUGUUGUCCCAGUGAGAAUACAGUCCCUAUUGCCCCGUUAUCACCUUAUCUUCACUAACCGCGGUAACUUUUACACGCAUCUCAAUCUCUGGUGUGUGAGAUCGAACGACUGUCUAUUUUAUUUCAAUGUGUUUGUUAAACACUGCAUUCGCCGCAUCUUCCAGCUAAACGCCAGUGAACUGAAACUAUUGUCCGGAGGAGACAAAGCAGUGGUUGAUGUUGUGAGAAACGAUCCUCGCCGACGACAUACGAUGACACACAAUCAACCAGGUCACCAUGCCAUUACCGCCCGAUCGUUUAGUACUCUCUUACCACAAGCGUAGGUGACUGGGGACCUUUUCUAAACCGGACUGUUUGUUUUUGUAAUUAUUGGAGACGACCCAUGUACGUAUUAUUUGUAACAUCCGCGUACUUUUGUACUCGGUGUCUUUACUUUUUGCAUUUAAGUUAAUGUCAUGUUUUAAACAGUGCAGAGAACGGUCUGCAGUGUGUAUAGGAGGUUUGGCAAUAUGUAGAUGUGGUUCGUCCACACCACAAGCUACAAAUCUUGACACUCAAAUAUGCUAUGAUCUGACUUUAUUUCAUUGUAUUUACUCAUCCAUUAAAAUCAUUUAAAUAGAAA